AUGAUGAUGAUCGUCGCGGACGGGGGCGGCUGCGCUACCCAGGCAGAGCGCGGGGCCUCGCCGUAUUCGAGUGUAUUGUCUAGGCUCCCAAUCCAGGGCCCAGCUGAAUGCGGCUGCGGAUACUAUUUCAUGGACGGCACCAGCGUCUACCAGCAACGUACGAACGGUGCCGCGCGGCGGCGCCGCUCGGAGGCAUCCAGCGACUGCCCCGCAGACAAAGAGGACGUGGGCGACUUCGAUAACUGCAUCUCGGGGGCGUGGCUCACUGAACCACUCGCGGUCAACAAGUACAUACACGAGAGUGGGAUAUUGUUGCAAGGGCGAAUGGGUCACCAUGUCGACGCGAGACCCUGGCUACUUCGAGAGAGUGCGUAUCAUCGACAAGGUUGGUUUCAAUGA